GAGGCCGCGCCGUAAGCCCGGGAACCGAGGUUACCCGCGCGGGAAACGCCGCAGUGCAGGCCGGGCGGAAGAUGUAUAAGCUAGGCCUGCCAGCAGAUCCCAAGGAGGUGGCAGCCAUUGAAGCUAGAAGAAAUCGAGAAAAAGAACGACAAAGCCGAUUCUUCAAUGUGCGGAACCGUGUCAUGGGGGUGGAUGUUGAAGCCCUCAACAACCAGGUAGAGGAGAAAAAGCUUCGGGAGGCAACUGAGCAGAGCAAGGAUGCAGCUUACGCUGCUAAGCAGGUGCAGUAUGAUCUGGUAGCCCAGAUGCUAGAGAAGGAAGAGGCAGAACGGGCACGUCGACUGGCCAAGAAAAUCCAGGAUUUUCGGGAGCAGAAGCAGCAGCUCAAGAACAGGCGUGAAUUUGACCCUUGGGAUCCAGUCCGACUCCAGAGGGAAUUUCCAGUCUAUCUCAAUGACAGUGAUCCCUUUUAUGGCCCGGCCAGCAUGCAGUGCUUCUUUGGGGAGGACCUGGACAGGACCACAUACCUGAGAAUGCAGCAGGAACAGUUCAGGUACAGCCUGGAGAGGCAGCUGCAGGAGCAACAGCAAGCCAGGGUUGAUGAGAAAUGUGCAGAUAUGCUCAAUGACCAGCUGCACUUAGCCAUGGACAUGCGGGCCGCCCACCUGGCCAGGCUAGAGGAGUCCUGUCGUGUGGCCAUGAUGUUUGCCAUGGCCAAUGCCAACAAAGCCCAGGCAGCUGAGCUGGCUGAGCGGCAGCGCCUUGAGCAUCAGCGCCAACAGGAAGCCAACCUCAUGGAGAUUCAGAACCAGGUCACCAGUGACUUUCUAACUGAGAACCCCCAAGUUGCCCAGAAUUCCAUGGCUCCCCACCGGGUUCUGCCCUAUUGCUGGAAGGGCAUGACUCCAGAGCAGCGAGCCGCCAUCAGGAAAGUCCAGGAAGCACAGUGCCAUGAGAAGGAGGCACAGCACCAGGCUGAGCAAGCAUUGGAUACUGAAUGGGAAAGCCAAACCAUGCACCUGGCCCAGGCAGCGCAGGAGCUAGAAGAGCAGGAAAGGGAAUUGUGUGCAGAAUUUCGGAGGGGGCUGGGUUCUUUCAACCAGCAGUUGGCUAAGGAGCAAAAAGCCCAGCAAAAUUAUCUGAAUUCAAUAAUCUACACCAAUCAACCUACAGCCCAGUAUCACCUACAGUUCAACACUAGCAGCCGCUGAGGUCAAGAUGGUCAUCUCUCUCUUCUCUCCUAUCAAGCUUACAGAUGCAAAUGCUACAUAUCCCCACCUCUUACCUC